AUGAAGGCUGCCGCUCCCCAUAGCCACGCCCAGUACCGGCAGUAUCGCAAUCUUGCCAGUACCGGCAGUAUCGGCAGUAUCGACAGUAUCGACAGUACCGGCAGAAUCGACAGUACCGGCAGUACCGGCAGCAUUCUCAGUCAGUACCGUCAGUAUCAGCAAUACCGGCAAUACCGGCAGUACCGGCAGUACCGGCAGUACCGGCAGUACCGGCAGUACCGGCAGUACCGGCAAUACCGGCAGUACCGGCAGUACCGGCAGUACCGGCAGUACCGGCAGUACCGGCAGUACCGGCAGUACCGGCAGUACCGUCAGCACCGACGGUAUCGGCAGUACCGACAGUACCGUCAAUUUUGUCGGUACCGGCAAAAUCGGCAGAAUCGGCGGCAUUCUCAGCAGUAUCGUCAAAUUUGUGUGAAAUUUAAGCGUGGCGCCUUUGGUAGUAUGGCUUUUGGUAUUUCCAUCCACGACGGGUUUGAGGUAAACUUGCUGCUUCCGUCCUCGGUUACUCUUGGCGAUCCUGGCACCUCGGGCUAUUUCUGCUGA